GACUGCUGACCCCUCCGGUUUCUGCGUGCGGUGCCACGUUAGUAGCGGCAGACACAAAAAUACACAGAUACUCUCCCCGACCUGAAACAAGGAAGAACGCCGUAAACGCAUACUGAUUUCUGCACUCAAGUGGAACCGCAGCCGAGCGUGUCCGCAGCUCUAGACCCUAGUUCCGGAAGAAGAAAAAGAAAAAAUACGACCAUGUUGAAGUUUUGGCUCGUCUGCGCACUGGCUGUGGUCAGCAGGGCAGAAAUCGCCGAGGAAGAAGAUGUCCUGGUGCUGAAGAAGACCAACUUUGAGGAGGCUCUGGGCUCUCACCCCGACAUUCUGGUGGAAUUCUAUGCACCAUGGUGUGGCCACUGCAAGGCCCUGGCUCCAGAGUAUGCCAAAGCUGCUGGCAUUCUGAAAGCUGAGGGGUCAAAGAUUCGCCUGGGUAAAGUGGACGCCACAGAGGAGACUGAAUUGGCACAGGAAUUCAAUGUCCGGGGAUACCCCACCAUCAAGUUCUUCAAGGAUGGAAAAAAAGAGUCACCCAAGGAGUACUCUGCUGGCAGACAGGCUGAAGAUAUUGUCACCUGGCUGAAGAAGCGCACAGGCCCCGCCGUCGCCACCUUGGCUGGGGUCACUGAGACUGAGUCUCUGAUUGCUGACAAUGAAGUGUCAGUCAUUGGUUUCUUUAAGGAUACUGAUUCUAAAGAUGCAGAAACCUACAAAAAGGCAGCUGAGGCCUUUGACGACAUUCCAUUCGCCAUGACCUCCGAUGAUGAUGUUUACUCCAAAUUUGAGGUUUCUAAGGAUAGCAUUAUCCUCUUCAAGAAGUUUGAUGAGGGCCGCAAUACCUUUGAUGGAGAAGUGACCAAAGAGAAUCUCAUGGCAUUUGUCAAAAGCAAUCAGCUACCUCUGGUCAUCGAGUUCACCGAUCAGACUGCCCCUAAAAUCUUUGGCGGAGACAUCAAGUCCCACAUCCUCAUGUUCCUGCCCAAAGGUUCCUCUGACUUCCAGGACAAAAUUGAUCAGUUUAAGAAAGCUGCAGAGGGAUUCAGAGGCAAAAUCCUGUUCAUUUUCAUCGACAGCGACAUUGACGACAACCAGCGCAUCUUGGAGUUCUUCGGCCUGAAGAAGGAAGAGUGCCCAGCCAUCCGUCUCAUCACCCUGGAGGACGAAAUGACCAAGUACAAGCCAGAGAGCGACUCCAUCACAGCAGAGGCCAUCACUAAUUUCUGCACACUGUUUACUGAGGGCAAGCUCAAGCCCCAUCUCAUGAGCCAGGACAUUCCUGAAGACUGGGAAAAAGGCCCUGUCAAAGUGUUGGUGGGCAAGAACUUCGAGGAGGUUGCCUUCGAUCCUACCAAGAACGUCUUUGUGGAGUUCUAUGCACCAUGGUGUGGACACUGCAAGCAGCUGGCUCCAACCUGGGAGCAGCUGGGAGAGAAGUACAAGGACCAUCCUGACAUCAUCGUGGCAAAGAUGGACUCCACAGUCAAUGAAAUCGAGGAAGUAAAAGUCCACAGCUUCCCCACACUCAAGUUCUUCCCUGCAGGAAAUGAACGCAAGGUAAUUGAUUUCAAUGGAGAGAGAGUGCUGGACAGCUUCACCAAGUUCUUAGAGAGUGGUGGCAAGGAAGGCGGUGCCCCCGCAGGAGAUGAAGACGAUGAUGAUACUGAUGCAGAGGAUCUGGACGAUCUAGAGGACGGACAGGAUGAUGACUUUGAUGAUGAUAGACAUGAUGAGUUGUAGGAGCUAGCAGUGGAAAAAGAGAGCGAGAGAGGAGACAAGUCCCGCCCCAACCCUUCAAACAAGUCACCAUCACUACUUUCACCUUCUUGUGGACCUUUCCUGUCCUGUGAACAUUAAUACUCCCCCUUUAACAGCCUCUCAGUCAGUGCGUUUUAAAAAAAAUUGCCUGUUAUCCAUCUCUCUGGUUUGGUCAGUCAGUCCACCUGUGGUGUGACAGGGCUUUUUCCUUUUCAACCUUGCAGCUUUCCGCCAGAUUCUGGGAAUUCUGAGAUAAAACACACCUUCAAUGCCCGUCUCUACAGCAGCGCCUUAAAUAAUGGAGAAAAAAAAAAGUCAUUAGGAUCUUGUUUUGUAAAUGUGUUUUCCCUGUAAAAAAUGUUCUCCCCUCCCCUUGUGUCAUCCUACCUUUGUUUAGUGAGGGUAUGAUUUGUGUAGUAGCUUCAUUUAUGUGUAGAUGGUUGUUUUUUUUUAACCUCCAGAGCACUCAAGUCCUACGUGUUGGUUUGGUAAGGACUGAACUCUCAGGGGGCAAGGGGCCCAAACAGUAGAUGUCUAACGUUUUGCAGUGUCUUCUCACUAAACCGGUACCCCUACAGUUUUUCCAGUGUGGCACACAGGUCCCACAUUUGUAGCUGAGACCAGUAAUGCUUUCUUUUUUUUAGUUAGUUGGGGGCAGUUCACUUUCUCCUUUGCUUCAUUCCCAAAAGUUCUUGGUCGCCUUCUUCCUUUUCAGCUUAGCUACUGACUUGUUAUAUGGGGGAAAUACUUUUUAUUUAAUUGCUUUCACAAUGAGUUUUUUUUUUUUUUUUUUAAUUUAGACUUCAAUGUAAUAUGAUAUGAUAUGAUACCAUUGUACCCCGCUGUAGCCAAUUGGACCUGUUGGGGGCAGAGUUGGCCCUUUGGUCAUACUCUCAGACCUGGGAUGGUUUCUGGAGCCAGAUCUGAUAGGUUGCACUGCAUUUAUGCCUAAUCAGAGAUUCAUCAAGGUUACUAAAGCAGAUAGAGAUUGGUACAGUUUACUGGUCAGGUCGGUCUGAGAGAAAUGUCUGUCUGUGUCUGAGGGGUGGGGAUGAAUCUUGCACAGCCCCCCCCAUGUCUCACCCAUACUGUACCCUCAUCAUCUCUUUGGACUCUACCCAACACCCUCCUUGCCACUGUGUGCGUGUCUGUGUGUGUUGUGUGAAUUGGGUGAAUACUUGUGAGGUAUUGGAUGACUAGUUAUUGUUUUUCUGGUCAUUCAUUGACGUGUGUGUGUGUGUGUUUGGCAUAGUGAGGAAGCUGGAGUAGAGCGAGGAGAUGGAUGUGACAGAUGUACAGCAGUCGGGUGAGAAAUAACGAAGCAUUCCAUCAUAUCCAAAAUGAUGUGGUUAACGUGAAAUGGUGGCCAAUAAACAAAAUAAUAAAACACGUUUGUCCA